AUCUAAUCUCAUAUAGAUGAGUGCGUGUAACCAAAGAAGAUAACCUGGAAUUUAUAUAUUAAACCUUCUAGAACCGGUCUACGUGGCACGAACGUGGCAUCGAGUCAGAAACUGCGAUAAGUAUACAAAAAUCAAUCUCAAUCGACCCAAUGGAGCAUCCUAGCGUGAAUUGCAAAUUCAUAAAGGAGGAUUUGAUACCGGAUAUGGUGCACAAUCGGUACUUCUGUGAGCCUAACUCCAGGGAGUUCAUAGAACUCGACUUCGUAACUGCGGAGCAUUUCGACAACUGUACUGAAACUUCUUCUCCUUAUUACAAAAAGCGCGUGCGUUUCCAUCAUCUUUCUACAUGUGCGGAAGUGCACCAAGUGAUGGCGGAUUUGCUGUUCUCCGACAAGAAGAAAAGCUUUGCUCUGAUUGUAAAGCUACACAAACGCACGUCGCCGCCGUUCGAUGGUUUCGAGAACGAGGAGAUGUUUUACACCAAGAUGUCGGAGAUGCUACAGUUCGGAACGGACAUCACUCCCAAGUGUUACCUGUCCGACAUGCGUCGUUACAAGCAGCCAAUCGUCGUCCUGGAGGACCUGACCGCGCGCGGUUACGCGUCGAUAGACGCGGGUGAAUUGGACGAGAAUCAUCUGAAAGUAUGCGUGAAAACCUUGGCGACGUUUCACGGCAGGGGAAUGAAGCUGAGGGCGAGUCAAUCUUCCGUCUUCAACGAAUUCCGCACGAACUUCUGGAGUUCGUUGGAAACAACGAUCGAGAUUGAUGCUCUGUUUCAGAAACAUAUUGAGGAAGAGAAAAAGAUUAUAGAGAACAAACUCGGCUCCUCGUCUGCAAGUUCCGUUCUGCUUGAGAAAACAUAUAAAAAAAUGCUAAAAAUAAACAGUCUGGUGGACGAGGUCACUGAUGUGUCCACCAUCUGCCAUGGUCAUUUUCUCGGUGACAACGUGUUGUUCGGAUACGAAAACGGGAUGCCAAACGAUGCGAAGAUAAUGGAUUGGGAACAAUUGAGGUUUUCCACGCCAGCGGUCGAUUUCGGUACGGUUCUCAUGGCCAAUCUGCCAAACGAGACUGUGCCGGUGCUCGAGAAAUUUUGUCGAGAUAUCUUGCAGUUUUACAUCGACGUCGUGAAAACCGAAUAUCCGGAGGUGAAUUGCGAAUUGCUAGAACGAGAUAUUCUCGCCAAGUUGCUGAUCGGAUACUUCAUCUCCCGUUAUCUAAUGGGGACGAACAAUGAUGGUUGCGGAGGAACACUGAAAAUACUCGAACUGCUCUAUAGUUUGGGAAGCCUCGAUUAGAAAUUAUCUUGAUAACAUAACAAAAACUCACAUUUUUACAUAACAUUCGUAUCAAAUCAUUCAUAUUCACACAUUUGUAUCAUUCAUAAAUAAUAUAUUUUUAUACUAAUGUAUUUUUUUCACUUUCACUUUUUGUAAUUCACAUGUCAGAGCAUUGAGAUAUUGAUAAUAUAAUAUUACAAUAAACUCUA